CCGGUUGAUUUGCCAACCACCCACGAUUGAAAGCAAGAUAUUUCUGCCAAGUCGACGCAAGCUUGCACGACCCGCAAAGGACGCAUCGCCAAACGUUUCGAAGAGUCGAAAACCACUGCACGGAUAACUCCUUGAACCUCGCGGGAGCACACCUCACCUCACCUUAGGAGCCACCGCUAUACCUGGAGCACAGCGAUCCGAUAAGGUAAAAGCUCCUGAGCCACUGUCCGGUAAGUCGUCCCUCUAACCUAUCCCGUCGUCCUAUUGUUCCCCUGCACAGCACAACUCGGCGCCGAGCAGCACAGCAGCUCUCCUAGAGGCGAGGCGGGCACCUACGCGGGGAUGGCGUCGGCACACUCUUGCCCUGGAGGCGAAUCGCGUGUCGGAACAGAGUCGUGCUCGGUCCUGUGAUCGUCGCGCCGACCUCUGGAGCUUGCCCCUCACAUGUCUCGCCUGGUCAAGGCGGUUGACGCCGAAAGUGUCAGAGGUGGCCCAGUGCCAGGGCCCAUUCCCAGUGGAAGCUCGACCCGCCCAGACAGGGCAUGUGCCGCCAAGACGAUGGUACGCCAGGGCGACGAUGGUGGAGCCGUGUUCUGCAGGUUUGGAGCCAGCCAGUCAAACGACAGCGCAGGGGGAGCUGUUCUGCUUGGUUGUUGUCCUGCUGGAGUGGGUGGACAGUACCUUGCCGAAGGCUCCCACACAGUGCCGCUGGCUCUUUAUCUCGACUCGCCCCGGCCUGUCCUGCCCGGACCGCCAGCGUCCCAGCGUCCCAACUCCCCCAUUGCGCGCCCGAAUUCGAAUCCCACACCUCCUUUCCCGGCACCAAACCGUUCCGGCCCUGUGUCAAAACCUUUUCUGAUUCCUCUAGGUGCCGUUUCUGCCCUUUCGCAGUCGAGAAUCAUCCCUAUCCAGAACCGUGGUCCGAACUACGUCCAACCACAUCUGCCAACUCACAUCCAGCCCAGGGCAAUUCUUUGUCGCCCUUCUGCUCCGCUUGCUCACUCGUUGCAACCCUGCUCCCGCAUCCUUCCGCCGCCCUUCGAACUCGAUUGCACCGAGUGCAUCACUGCAUCACCUUCGACGCCCGAUACUGUUGUCUUUUUGUUUUCUUGUUUUUCUGUUUUCAGCCUUCCAGCAGCGACACUAAUUCACACGAGAAGCCAAAUAUCUCUCAACCAUGGCCACCCCGCCCGUCCAGUCGAUCAAGUGCGUCGUCACAGGUGAUGGUGCCGUCGGCAAGACAUGUCUGCUCAUCUCCUACACAACGAAUGCUUUCCCCGGCGAAUACAUCCCCACGGUAUUCGACAACUACUCUGCGAGCGUAACUGUUGAUGGAAGGCCCAUCAGCUUGGGGCUGUGGGAUACGGCCGGUCAAGAAGAUUACGACAGACUGCGGCCUCUCUCAUACCCCCAGACCGAUGUUUUCCUCAUCUGCUUCUCCCUCGUCAGCCCUCCUUCGUUUGACAACGUGAAGGCCAAGUGGUGGCCCGAAAUCGGACAUCACGCUCCCAAUAUUCCCAUUGUGCUGGUUGGCACCAAGCUGGACGCCAGAGAUGACCCUAAUACGCUCAAGACAAUGGCCGAGAAGCGGUGGUCGCCUAUUACCUACCCCAUGGGAUUGGCCCUUGCCAAGGAGAUUGGAGCUUACAAGUACGCCGAAUGCUCUGCCUUGACACAGAUGGGUCUCAAGACCGUCUUUGACUAUGCCAUCAGAGCCGUCAUUGAGCCCAAGGCCGCUCCUCAGACGAAGAAGAAGUCGUCCAAGUGCACGCUCCUCUGAUAACCUUGUUUCCUCGUCUUCAAUUCGAAAAAAAAAAAAGCAAAAAGGAAGUGCUUCUUACUAAUCGCUACGACGACGAACGAUUGUUUUCCGUAAUGCAAACCAUACAAUCACACACACACACACACCAUCUAUACCCGACGACAUAUGCCUGCGCCUGCUAUUUGGCUUCAACCUCCAUAGUACAACCCCAAUAACACCUCUUUCAAACCUUUUCCGGGGUCGCUUCGCGUGUGGAUGAAGUAUGACGUGUAGUUCGGGGGUUACACCGUACCUUUAGUAUGGGAUACCCUGCAAGAUUUGAGGCUUGACUAGACGGAAGAAGGGAUGAAGGCAGUCAUGCAAGGUACGAAGAUACCUAGGCUGUUUGAAUCAACCCUUUUCUGGCUUUAUGGCCGCAGAUAUUGUAUUGGGGGUAUACAAGGGUGUCGAGUAAUCAGGCACAUGUCGCUCUCAACGAACUCUCACGUUUUUGUGUUUCCUCCACAUGCUGGCGAUCCUACCCAACCGUCAAUAAUCUAGGGGUUGUUACUAGGGCUCUUUCCGUUGCUUCUCGUUUCUUUUUAUUUAUUAUUUCCUGUAGAUAGCUGGGGGGGGGGCGG